UCCUAAUUAAACAAAUAUCCCAUUUUAACGUUAUGAUCCCGCUUUCCUCACUCCUAUUUAUAUGCACUCCCUCACUGCCCGAGGAGAGAAGACGCUACCAGCUAAAAAGCUUCGCUUUCCUCCAACGCCCUGAGCUGAGAAAAAGGUUCAUUGAUUGGUCUGGGGAUGGCAUGUUGGAAAACACCAAUGUUUCCAAUCUUGUUCCUUCUGUUCUGGUUAUCAACUAAUCGAGCAGAAUAUACGCAGUACAAAGACCCUAAUCAGCCUGCGGAGGUUCGAGUUAAUGAUCUACUCAACCGUAUGACUCUUGCAGAAAAGAUUGGUCAAAUGACACAAGUAGAACGAAAAAAUGCAACAGAUCAAGCCUUGAAGGAGUACUUUGUCGGUAGCAUUCUUAGUGGUGGGGGUAGUGUUCCUGCUCCUCAAGCCUCUGCUAGGGAUUGGGUGAACAUGAUAAAUCAAUAUCAGAACGCUUGUCUGUCGACACGCUUGGGAAUUCCGAUGAUUUAUGGAAUUGAUGCUGUUCAUGGCCACAACAAUGUAUACAAUGCAACUAUAUUCCCUCACAAUGUUGGUCUCGGAGCUACAAGGGAUCCUGAUCUUGUCAAAAGAAUUGGUGCAGCAACUGCUCUUGAAGUCAGAGCAACAGGCAUUCCUUACAUUUUUGCACCUUGCAUUGCGGUAUGUAGAGAUCCAAGAUGGGGCAGGUGCUAUGAGAGCUAUAGUGAGGACCACAAGGUUGUUCAAGCAAUGACCGAAAUUAUCCCUGGUUUACAGGGAGAUCUCCCAGCAAACUACACCAAAUACUAUCCUUAUGUUUCUGGAAAGAGCAAUGUAGCAGCUUGUGCCAAGCACUUCGCUGGCGAUGGUGGGACACAAAAUGGCAUUAAUGAGAACGAUACUAUCAUUGAUCUUGCGGGACUCCUCAACAUCCAUAUGCCUGCUUACUAUGAUGCCAUCACGAAGGGUGUGUCCACGGUCAUGGUUUCUUAUUCAAGUUGGAAUGGAGUCAAAAUGCACGCCAACCGGCACCUUGUUACAAACUUCCUCAAAAGAAAACUAGGUUUUCAGGGAUUUGUAAUCUCAGAUUGGCAAGGCAUUGAUCGGAUUACCAGUCCUCCAGAUGCAAAUUACACCUAUUCUGUUCAAAUGUCGGUCAAUGCCGGUAUUGAUAUGGUGAUGGUUCCUUUUGAUUAUGCUGGGUUCACAAGCACCCUGACAACUCUAGUGAACAACAAGGUGAUCCCCAUGAGCCGAAUUAACGAUGCUGUAAGGAGGAUCUUGAGGGUCAAAUUUCUUAUGGGUCUCUUUGAAAACCCUCUCCCUGAUUUAAGCUUAGUCGAUCAAGUUGGCAAAAAGGAGCACAGGGAGCUGGCAAGAGAGGCUGUUAGGAAAUCACUCGUGCUCUUAAAAAAUGGCAAAUCUGCUAAUGAACCAUUGCUCCCUCUCCCUAAGAAAGCUGGCAAAAUUCUCGUUGCUGGAAGUCAUGCUGAUAAUUUGGGCUACCAGUGUGGUGGUUGGACUAUCGAGUGGCAAGGAGCCACUGGAAGAAUCACUGGCGGCACCACAAUCCUGGAAGCCAUUAGAUCCACUGUGGACCCAGCAACCAGCAUCAUCUUCUCCCAGAACCCCGACGUUGGAUUCGUGCAGAGCAACGGCUUCUCCUACGCCAUUGUGGUCGUCGGGGAGCCGCCUUACGCCGAGACUGCCGGCGACAGCCUCAACCUCACCAUUACCGAGCCCGGACCGAGCACAAUCCAGACCGUCUGCGGCGUGGUGAAAUGCGUCGUAGUCAUCGUCUCCGGCAGGCCGGUCGUCAUCCAGCCUUACGUUCCAGCGAUGGAUGCACUUGUGGCUGCAUGGCUGCCGGGCUCCGAGGGCCAAGGCGUCGCCGACGUCCUCUUUGGCGACUUCGGCUUCACCGGGAAACUACCCCGCACUUGGUUCAGGACCGUGGACCAACUCCCCAUGAACGUAGGCGACAAGAACUACGAUCCAUUGUUCCCAUUCGGCUUUGGCCUGACUACGAAACCAAGACCGGGGAUGUAGAGUUCUAGAUUAGUAGAAAAGAUUAAUUAUCAGCAUUAUUAAUUUGAUGCUUAUUGCUUCAUUACCUUAAUGUAUAUUGAGACGGGUAAUGCCGGUUCGGUGGCA